AUGUCCCUUUCUUAUUCAACUUUUACUACUUCUUCCUCACAAUAUCCAUCCAUAAUGAACUCAAACUCUCAUAAUUCCAGUCGGGACAGGGACCUCCAUCAUCAGUUGCCGGCUAAAAACUCGUCAUCCAGACCAAUAUCGUUACCCCCAAUCUCCACUCUCAUUGGCAGUACUGGCACAGGAAUCUCCGAGAGUUUCGGCACUCCAAAGUCCUCCUCCAGUCAAUACCCGUCAUCUUACCAUGUUACCCCAUAUUCUUCUUCGCAAUAUCAUCAUCAUCAUCAUCAUCAUCAUUUCAAUAUCCCACCAUCCACUUCUCCUUUGAUGAUUACAAACCGUCUUAGUUCAACAGUCCCUUUCCGCGCUAGCGUACAAUCGCCUUUUGAACCUAUGGAGCCAUACAAGAAUUAUGAAGGCCAGCUUAAUUUACAAACCCCUCCGACAAUUAAAAAGGCUUCGGUAUCCCUAACCGGCCCUCCUCCUGGAAACGUUAGCCCUUCGCAUAUCAUGGAAAAUCCAAUCCCUAACUCACUUCAUUCUUACCAUUACCCUUACCAACCUCCACAACAACCCCAGGGACCAUCACUUCCACCUCCUCCACUUCCACAGCUCGCCCCGCCAACCCCUCCACUGACCGCUAGCUCUGCUGCACCAAAGAAACCACCGGCUAAAAAGCCUUCCAAUGAAAAAAUCUUUGCCUUCAUUUCUCAUUCCCCUGCCACCUUCCCAUCGCAAGAACCGUCGAUUGAUAAUGCCCAGUUAGCUAGACGCAAACGGAGAAGAACCAGCACUCAUGAAUUAUCAAUCUUGCAACUCGAAUUCGGAUUGGGACCUAAUCCAGGCAAGGCCAGGCGCCAACAGAUUGCUGAUAAGGUCAAAAUGGACGAGAAGGCAGUACAGAUUUGGUUUCAAAAUAAAAGACAGUCGAUCAAAAGAAGCAAGAACAAGGCUGCUGGAGUUGCCUCAAUUCCCGAAGAAACUGAAGCAGAUGGAACCAACUCGUCACUUACUCCCGGUGCCAAUUCUCCAACCAGCAGUACCUAUUCGGUAUCCAGAAAAAGCUCGCUUGGGGAAAUGUCAAGCAAUCGCACCUCGAUUUCCCACAGUAGAACAUCCUCUUAUUCAAUUACCACCAGCCCAAUGACCCCCAACAAAGCUACUACUGGUCAUGGUACUUUUUCUGCUCCUGCCACUGCCUCUAAAGCUCAAUACGGUAAGACUGGCAGUCCCUCGGGGAUCAAAAAGCCUUAG